AUGUCCCAACGGAUUUCAUCCUACACGGUGGGACAGCGGCCUCGACGGCAGUACAUUAACAAGGCGACGGAGUUUUUCUUUCGCGAGCUAGAUAAGGGGUUGGCCUCGCCUUACGUCGUGCUGUCAACCGGGGUGUUGCUGGCCCUGGUUGGGUGGAAGAUGAUGGUGUACUACGUGGAGCCCAACCGGCAGCAAAACGCGGUCUGGCGGCUACCACAGUUGCGUAUGCAGCUGAGUGACGCCCACAACGUCUUCUGGGUCGUUGACAAUGGAGGGAACGCCUGGAACGGCGUCCCCACCGGCGCCACCUUGCGGAGACAAUGA